AUGCCGUCAUCGAAGAAGCAGCCCGCCUCGCGAGAGAGCAGGGUGCAGACUUGGAGACGCAAGCUGCAACACGCCGCCGGGCGCGCCCUCACGCACCCCGCACGCGACAAAUGUGGAGAGUGUGUUGUGACGCACCAGGGCUGUGAGCCGGUUCAUGAGGAGUUGAGGGAGCCGCUGUUGAAGCUCCGGGACAUGAUCCUCAGGGGUCCAAUCGACGCGAGAUCCAGAGAGUUCCAAGCAUUGACACGCCAGAUCAGUAUCCUUCGCGACAGGUAUCACCCAAAUUCGAAGCGCUCGAAAGGUGCAGCGUCCGACGGCACCGGAGACGAUGCGGACAGCUCCAUCGCUACUAAUCCCAGCACCGCCCAGGGAGGAGGCGCCCCGCCCGCUAUGGUGACGAGGCGGGCGGCCGCUGCCCAGGCCGACGAUACCCGCGCGUCUGGCGACGAGGAGCAGCCCGUCCCAGCUCAUGCGACGAACACUGCCCCUGAUGAGCCUGCCACCGCUGCCACUGUUGCCACCGCCAACACCUUGGAUGCGGCCUUGUCGCAGUUGCUGCAGACAAACGCACAGCUGUCUGAAUCGAUCUCGACCCUGGUGAAGGCGAACGCCGACUUGAGCAAGGCGAACGCCGACUUGAGCGAGGUGGCCCGCACAGCGCAAGCGCAGGAAAUUAAGGCCACGGAUGCUCUUCGAGAUGCAAACGAGCGGUGGUUGAAUGACUUUCCUGCGAGAUUGAUGAACAUACAGUGA